CACCAGUGAAGCGAAACGACGUUUAAUGAAGGGUUAAAAACGCUGAACGUGUCGCGGAAAAAAACGCAAUAACAGUGACACCGUUGGCUGUUACUUGACUCGUGGAGGGAGAGAGCGAGGCUUCACGCGGAUGCGCGCUCAUCUCGGAGUCUCCAGACGCACGGCGCAGGAUUUUGCGCACCGAAUCCAAGUAGAAGCAGAAGAGAGCGCGCACAGCGAGCGGACUGCUGUCGACUCACUGCGGGUGCUGUCACUCGGAUCCGGGGUCACUUUGCCGUACACGCGACCGCGCGCAUCGUCGUUCCAUAGACACCUUAGCGGGGGAAGAAAGGGCGCACAGAUACAGUCGUCAGAUUAUUUCGGUUCAGCUUGGUUCGCGGUUUAGAGGAAUGUUGUUUCGGAUGAUUCCACCGUGUUUGUAGAGAACUACAAGAAGUGGCCCAGCUGCUCGGGGACAAUUCACUCAACGCCCCGAAGAGGAGGCGUUUUGUGAGGAUUUUAGGACUCUUUUUAGGACUCUUUCCCAAAGGGAGAUUGCAACAAAGUGAGGUGUUACAUUUUAAAAAAAAGGUGAUCACAGCAAUGCUUCAACAUCAUGUGCGUCUGUGCCUCUCCAAAUGUUCCAGAAAGGAUUUAAGCGCCGCUCGUUUUGAAUAAGUCGAGAAGUCGUCGAAGAUGAGAGCUCUGCAAACAUUCCUGUUUCUCUUUCUCCUGCACCAGGUCACAUGCAGGAAAGCGCGCGGAGGAGUCACGGACCUCAUCGAGUGGGGCGACGGCGAUGGCGAACAGACGACUUCUCCCACGGGGGCCAGUCCGCGGAUCCUCAACCCCCUGCGUUUGUUCGCCAGGGGGUCCCCUGGGUUCAGGAGCAACAUGAGGGAAAUUACAUAUUUACAGAACAUGGAGGACUUCUGGGACUGGUUAUCUAACCAGACAGAUGCUCAGGGCGCACAGGCCAGAACUAAACGCAGGCCCAUCGUUAAGACCGGCAAGUUCAAAAAGAUGUUUGGCUGGGGGGACUUCCACUCCAACAUCAAGACCGUUAAGCUCAACCUGCUGAUAACGGGCAAGAUCGUGGACCACGGGAACGGCACGUUCAGCGUCUACUUCCGCCACAACUCAACGGGCCUGGGCAACGUGUCGGUCAGCCUGGUGCCGCCCUCCAAGGUGGUGGAGUUCGAGGUGGCCCAGCAGUCCACGCUGGAGACCAAAGACACCAAAUCCUUCAACUGCCGCAUCGAGUACGAGAAGACGGACCGCAACAAGAAGACGGCGCUGUGCGGCUUCGACCCGUCCAAGGUGUGCUACCAGGAGCAGACGCAGAGCCACGUGUCCUGGCUGUGCUCCAAGCCCUUCAAAGUCAUAUGCAUCUACAUCGCGUUUUACAGCGUAGAUUAUAAACUGGUGCAGAAGGUGUGCCCGGACUAUAACUACCACAGUGACCAACCCUACUCCUCCACAGGAUGAUCCGGCUUUUUAGUAUGCGCUUGCCUUCGGUCUAAUCGUCAAAUAACGCAAACGUCAACCUCUGAGCUCCUCGUCCCGCAUCACCUAGGUAGACGCGUUGUUUAUAAAUGGGAAACACGCGGGAGGGAUUUCAUGUAGUGUUAAAAACUGAACUAAAUACAGUGUAUCAUAGUUAGGUGUGCAGGGACUUGGGUUUAGGGGUUGAUUGGAUUCAAUGUUUUCAACCCGGUGUGACUCCUCCCCUUCACAGCGGCACAUGUUCCCCGUAAACCACUGGUGUAAUUAGCAUGUCGUCCAGAUGUUUUGUUCAAGGCUAGACCAUAGGCAAGGAGCCUCCCAAUGCGCAAUGCAGAGCUGGCUUCUGUGCCAGCACUACAUUUAUGCCGACAUUCUCAAACUAUUCUUCACAUCAUUGAAUCACCUAUUGGAUGGAAUGUGACAAGACAAAGAAUUACAAUAGAAAGACAUUUUUCAAUUAGAUAGUUCACAUUUGAAACAUAUUUCCUCUGAUUGGUGGCGAUACUCUGUUCGUGUCCUUUUGAAUAGAACUAUUAUCCACUUGAACAAAAGGCAGGACAUUGUCUAUUGUUUCAGGUUAACAGUGGCUGUUUCUUCAAGUCGCUCUGAACAAUGAAUAUGGAUUUACAACCUAUAUUUCACCUCUCUAUCUUUACAGAAUAGCGAAUUGAUUGAUUUUGUGCCGAAUACCCAUGACAAAAUGAAUUGAUCCAACACACCUUAGGAAGAGGGCACAAUCAUAAAUCACCACACACACGUGCGUGCGUGCGUAGGGAUCCAUCGGUGUAAAACCUGGCUGCUGCCUUGUUGUACUCCUUAAAACGCAACCCUCUUAAGGCGCGUGUAAGUUAAACUAGUCUGAAAUCCAAAAUCGGUGUUUUCAAGAUGCACUUUGAGGCAUCAGCCUGAGUGGGCCCCUCAGUGGAUUAAUGUGUGUCAGGAGGAGGGGACGGGGGGGGGGGGGCGAUAAUUGCAGGACAGGUGGAUUUAGCGAGUCUGGCAGACAAUUAUCAGCACUUUGUCAUGGUCCUGCCACCAGCCCCGACAUUACCUGUCUUUAAUAGGCUUUAAUUAGCCUGGGAAAUUUCAUUUAACCAAGACCUGGAGUGGAGAAACCAAACGCGUUAAAAAAAAGAAAAAAAAAGAAAAGUGGAAAUACAAAAUCCUUCUGGAGUUUUAAUGAGAAACGGGAGCUACAUUUGAAAAUGUCAUACAUUUCCCAAUUGCACAGCAGGCUUAAGUUGACUGACUUUUUGUGUAUAAGUGGGUAACAUCCCGUCUUGUCCUAAAUGGUGGAAUAUGCUGUGACUUUUCUUUAAAGCGGUUUCUGUUGAAAACCGUCGACACGUGAAAUAAAUUGUGUUGAUUGCAAAUACCCAGGAUUCCUAGACGAGGGCGACGUGCCAGCGACUAAUCACAUGACAAUUAUUUCUGUCAAUGUCACUUCAUUUGCUGUAUCUCACGUCAGCUGUAAACGAUGCUGUCACACUGUACACGAGGAGAGAUGCGUGAGAAGGAUUUUACUAAAGCAGAGUUGAUCCAUGUUGAUGUUUUAGUUCUCCUCCUUUGUGCAGAUGCUGUGUAUUAACGUGUAACUCUGAAACUAAACGUGAUUGCUAUUUUAUUUUUUCUCCCAGAGAAAUAUAUCAAUAAGUAUACUGUUCCUUACUUUUAGUGUUUGUUGAUCAAUAUCACGUAGAUACAUGUCAUAUUUAUUGCUAGUAUUUAUAUAUUGCUCUGAUUUGCAGUUUUGUAAUCCUUGCAGAUUGUGCCUGUUUUGAUUUAACCGCUUGCUUAAUCUCAUUUCAACGUUUCCCCUGUAAAAUAGCAGUGAAAAAAAAAAAAGAACUGUUGCGUGCAGUGUAAGUACAGAUGUUAAAUCGGGAAUAUUUGAUUUCUAAGGGGGUUCAUUUUGUUCAAAGGAAAUUGUAAAGAUCAAUAACAGGUUUCUAUGGCAUUAAAUCUCAUUUGAACUCGUC